UUGCAAAGUGUCAAGAAAUGGACAUCGAGAAACCCGUCAAAACCCACCUCAGGAUGUGAAUUUCUUUUCAUUCCUUUUUUCUUGAGAAACUAUUAAAUGUCGCUCCCUUCUUCUUCCCCAUAACCCACUAACCAGCUCUUGCUCUGCCACUCUCAAUCUCUUUCUUAUUGUUUCUCUCUCUCUCUCUCUCUCGAUGGAUAAACAACGCCGCCAUAAGCAGGCCAGGACCAGCAGUUGUUGCUCCGACGAGGUGAGCAGCAUUGAGUGGGAGUUCAUAAACAUGUCAGAGCAAGAAGAAGACCUUAUUCACAGAAUGUACAAGCUCGUUGGUGACAGGUGGGCGUUGAUUGCGGGUCGAAUUCCGGGUCGGAAAGCGGAGGAAAUCGAGAGGUUUUGGAUCAUGAGACAUGGGGAGGUGUUUGCUGAGAGGAGGAGACAGCUAAGAAGACACAAGUCCUGAUGUUAAAUUCCAAAUUCCUUCUAAAAAAAUCAGCUUUUUAGAAUUUUUUUUCCCCUGCUCAAUCCUCCGUUUUUUAAAUUUUGGGGCAUGCUAAAAUCUGUAGUUUCUCUCCUUUCCCUAGGAUUAGAUUAGAUUAGAUCAGAUUAGAUUAGAUUAGACGUGUAAAAUGUCACAAGGUUCUUGGAGGUUGGAUGAAACUGAAAGCACCAAUGGCAGUGACAUACCCAUUUGGCCAAAUUAUAAAUGAGUCGGACCGUUUGGACUCU